CGGCCGCGCUGGGUUCGCCGCCGCUGGAGGCUGCACCUGCCCCAGAGGAUGCCCAGGAGCUCGCGGGAGCCUCUCCGGAUCAGAACUUUUUAGGCCGCCCGCCCCCAUCGCCGCAGUUCCCGGGCCGCGCACUGGUAGGUGGGGGCCGAGGGGGCGUAGCGGCGCGAGUCGCUCUCCUGCCCCCUCCCCCAGCUCGGCCGCCCCCCGCUUUGUUCCGGGCGCGGCGAGGGAAGGCGAGGCUGCGGCGGAUCAUGCCCAUGGUGUAGCCGCCAAGCGGAGGCAUGGCUGCCGGAAGGUUACUGCUCUACACGGGCCUCUCGCUAGCGCUCUGCGCCCUCGGCAUGCUGGCCGUGGCCAUCUGCUCGGACCACUGGUACGAGACGGACGCCAGGAAGCACAGAGACAGGUGCAAGGCCUUUAACACCCGCCGGGUCGACCCCGGCUUCAUUUACAAUAAUAACAACAACUUGCCGCUCCGGGCGAGCCGCUCGCGCCUGGACCGCUGGGAGGGCAAACUCCUCCGGGCCCGGAAUCGCCGGCAGCUCUUCGCCAUGAGCCCGGCGGAUGAGUGCAGCCGGCAGUACAACUCCACCAACAUGGGCCUCUGGAGGAAGUGCCACCGGCAGGGCUUCGACCCCGAGAUCGCCGCCCUCAUUCGGAAAGGAGAAAUUGAGCGAUGCACGUACAUCAAAUACCACUACUCCUCAGCAACCAUCCCCAGGAACCUCACUUUCAACAUCACGAAGACCAUCCGUCAGGACGAGUGGCAUGCCCUACACCUGCGCAGAAUGACGGCUGGCUUCAUGGGCAUGGCGGUGGCCAUCAUCCUCUUUGGCUGGAUCAUCGGCGUGCUGGGCUGCUGCUGGGACCGAGGCCUUAUGCAGUACGUGGCAGGGCUGCUCUUCCUCAUGGGAGGAACCUUCUGCAUCAUUUCACUGUGCACCUGUGUGGCCGGGAUCAACUUUGAGCUGUCACGCUACCCACGCUACCUGUAUGGACUCCCCGAUGACAUCAGCCAUGGCUAUGGCUGGUCCAUGUUCUGUGCAUGGGGGGGCCUGGGCCUCACACUCAUCUCGGGAUUCUUCUGUACCUUGGCCCCUUCUGUUCAGCCUGUCCCGAGGACCAACUGCCCUAAAUCCAGACCCGAGAAUGGGACAGUGUGCUAAAAAACA